AUGAAACUGGUCAUACUCCUUGUUGUCGUUUCUGCCAUGCUCGUGUUAGGAAGAGCACAGACAGCCAGCCAAUUUUAUUGUGGAGACUUUUUGGCGCGUACAAUGUCCAUCCUGUGUUGGCCGGACAUGCCGAAACGAAGCGGAUCCCAGUACGCGGGCUACAGCUGGCCGUGGCUGCCCCCCUUCUCCUCGUCUCGUGGGAAACGCGGUAUUGUCGAUGAGUGCUGCUACAGGCCCUGCACAAUAGACGUUCUGAAGUUAUACUGUGAUAAUCAGUAG